CAUAGUUAACAGGACGGAAGGAAUUUUUCAUAAAUCAUCAACAACAAAAAAAAUAGCAGAAUUUAUUCGCGUUAUGUAUUCAUCAUAGAAUUCUCUGGAUUGAAAAAAAAACUUGAAAAUACACAUAUGAUGAAAGAUGAUAUUCUCAGAAGAAAUUUUUCUCUUACCUUAAAUAAAGCGAUGGAAAAAAGUUUAGAAACAACGAUUUUUUUGGGUUUUUUUUCAUAAUAUUAAGCACGUAGCUCCAAUCCAAAUAGUGAUUUUAAUAGCCAAUGGAGUUUUCUAUCCAAUACACUUUAUCUCUUAUAAUAAUAGUUUCAUUGUAGAAAUGAGAAUUAUUCUAUUUAAUAAUAUUAAAGAUAUUUCAUGUAGAUUUUAAAAUCUCUUGAAAAAAGUGAUAAAUAUCUAUUUCAAAGAUAUUUUUGUAUUUUAUAGGAUGAGUUACAUAAUUUAAAAUGUUUUUCAUUAACAAGUUAUAAUAUUACUUUUGAUUAUGACGAGUUGGUUGUUCCACUUCUUCGUCGCAUGACAUAUCUUGAAAAGUUAACUUUAUAUCUUCGUAUUCGUACACCAAAUCGUUACAUCAUUGAUGGUACACAUCUUCAUAAUGAAAUUCUUGUUCAUAUGCCUAAACUUCAGACAUUUAUCUUUUAUAUAAGCACAGAAAUUUACACUCAUCGUUUAAUUCCUCAUAAGUCUCUUGAAAAUAUUCAACAAACAUUUACAAACUGGAAAUAUGGACAAACGGAUUGUAUCUUAGAUAAUGUCAUAGGCUCUACGAUUACACAUGUUUACUCGCUUCCAUUUACAUUUACUUAUCUGGAAAAAAUCACAAAUCAAUUUCCAACUAUUGGAUUAAAUACUGUAACUCAUUUGUAUGUCUACGAUGAAGUUUCAAUGAAACAUGAAUUCUUCAUGAGAAUUAAUCGAGAUUGUCCAAUGCUUAAAUGUUUCUCUUUGAAAAAUGAAAUGGAACAAUCAUGGAAUUGUGAUGAAUUCAAAUCUGAUAACAAUCUAUCUUAUUCUAUUAUUGAAUAUUCUCAUCUUAUAUCACUUGAUAUUGCGUAUGUCAAUAUAGAUUAUGUUGUACAAUUUCUACUCGAAACAAAGACACAUUUACCUUGUCUAACUGAAUUAAAAAUCAAAUAUAAUCAAUUAAAAACUGUAACAAUGAAUUUUACAAGAAAUGCAACGCGACGCAAUUGUUCAAAAGUGGAACGAUUAAUUAUUGAAGAAUCAAGACAAUUUUCCAAAGAUGUUUAUCAAUAUUUUCCUUCAUUGUAA